CGAUAUUAUAAUUGACACACAAAUAUAAAAAGGGAAAAAUUCCAAUUACCUCUCACCUCAAACCACAAUUGUCUAGCCACAUGUCCAUCCCCACCAUCCAAUUACUCUUCAUAACCAAAUUUCUUGGCUUCCUUUCAUUUGCUGGCUAGGCCUACCCCCCCGCCCCCCCUUCCCCCCCAAAAAAAAUAAUAAUAAAAAGCUACCUUCAUCCUCUUUUGUUUGCCUCUUCCAGCCUGUUCUUUUCAUAUUUCUUUAUUAUCUUCUCUAAUGAUUUGCCACCAUUUUCAUUAUUAAAUUCCUCCCUUUCGUUUCUUUUUCUUUUUUGUCUCCUUCCUCUCAUCCUUCCUCCCUUCUCUAUUAUUUAUUUACCUCAAAUUUCUCCAUUUGCUUUCCACAUCUUCACCCCCAAAAAAUCAUAUCAUUCAUAAUUUUUCUUGUUGUAUUUUUUUCUGAAUUCUCACGUUUAGAUAUCAAAGAGAAAUCGAGAUCGAUAACUAUGGCGGAGGAACACGAAGUUGAGGCACCAGAAGGACGUAUGUUAUGUGCUAACAAUUGUGGUUUUUUUGGUAGUCCUACAACACAAAAUUUCUGCUCCAAAUGUUAUCAUGAAGUUUAUCUAAAAGCAAAUCAAAAUAAUAAAUCUAUCGAUACUAUCUUUCCUCCUCCACAGAUACCACUGAUGGAAUCUCCAUCGAUGGAGAUGGAGAUUCCAUCUGCUAGCUCAUCGAUGUCAGAGUCUGUGGACAAAAAGCGAGAGACUGUGGCAGCAGUUGUGGAUCAAUCGACACAUGUUCAAUUGAAUAGGUGUUCGGUUUGUAGAAAGAAGGUGGGAUUAGUCGGGUUCAAAUGUAGAUGUGGAACCACUUUUUGUGGGACCCAUAGGUACCCCGAGAUUCACGGAUGUUCGUUUGAUUUCAAAUCAAUGGGAAGAGAAGCAAUUGCAAAGGCCAAUCCGUUGGUUAAAGCUGAGAAAUUGGAAAAGAUUUGAUUCAAUCAUGCCCGUUGAUAUAGAUGAUGAUGACGUCAUGUGAAUUAUUUUUAUCAAUCAGGGAGGGCCCAAAAAUGAAAAAGGAAGAAGAAUAUUUGGGUUUUCCACUGUUGACAAAAAGAAAAUGUGAAUUAAUUAGUGUAUAUUUUCUUUUUUCUUUUUUCUUUUUUGGUUAUUUUGAUAUUUUCAUCUUUUGCUUUGAAAAUAAUUUAUGGUUUGGCUUUGUUUUGUAGAUUUAUACUUUACUAUCUUUGGAAUUUGGAUAUUCCCCAUUAAGGUAUUCACCAUGCAUUAUUGGUUAAAUAAAUAACAGAUAUGAAAUUUUAUAGUAA